ACCAGCUCCUCAAGAUGUACAAAGUUGCCUGCUUGGUCUUGGCCCUGUUCGCAGUGGCCAACGCUGUUCCCUCCACCUAUGAUACCGAGCACAUUUGGAAGGCUGGUAACCUGUCGUACAUCGUUCCCCAGAAUGCUAUUCUGGGUGGCUUCGAUCCCUAUGGCUUCAACACUUAUGUGGGUCGCGUGAAGUCUGGCAGUGACAUCCUGCCCGCCCGCGUGGUUGUGGAAACCGGCACCGCCUACUUCAACACCGAAACCACCUCCUCCAAGCUGCUGGUCUACGACAUCCUGGUGGCCGAGCGCAACCUGAGGUACGUCUGGGUGCGUAGCUUCGAUGGCUUCUAUGAGAAGGGAGCCGUUGCCGUUGGAACCAAUGUGAAGAACGAGCGUGUCUACUGCUGCCGGGCCAGGACGGAUGGCGGUGUCCUGAUCGGAACCCUCCUGCUCAGCCAGAAGCUCUGCAUCAUCAAGCACGAGACCCUGGCCCUGCGCAAGUUCGACAAGUACGAGGUGCUGGUAGCCCAGCAAUUUAAUGGAACGGUCUACUAUUAGAUCGAGUCACUUGUGAUGUCACUUACGAUCUCAGGGUCCCGUUUAAAGAUAAAUAAAAAGAAUAAAAAUAUUUAACUAAAA